AUGGCGGGCGUACAACCUACCAGGGAUCAAAUAUCCCAGGUCUGUGCCAUAAUCCAGGUAGAUGAAGGCAGUGCAAGGGUUUUGCUCAAGAAAAGCAACAACGAUGUCAACAGGGCCGUCAACGCCUUUUUUGAAGACCCCGUGAAGUCCGUGAUCGAAGAGCCUGCUGCCUCCAACGACUGGCAGUUUCAAGACAAUAUUCCAUUCCAAGAUGAUGUGAGCAUGGGAGGAGUCGCCGCCCUAUCUCGUCCGCCUUCACGAGUCGACAAUUCCAUAAUGGAUCUCUCCUCCGAGCACGCCGCGGCUUCGGCAAGCAACGUCAAGUCCCUCAAGGAACAAGAAGAAAUGAACGACCCAGACCUCCAGCGUGCAAUGGCCGAGUCACUAGGGCAGGGCUUGCCAGCACAGGAAGACGGAGUUACAGGAACUGGUGCACAUUUCGGCCCUGCCAAAAGGGAAUACUACGAACCCAGCAGUUGGGCUUUAACCACCUAUUCGACCUCGCGGGAGAUCAUUGAACAUCCACCACCAUCCAAGCGACGAAGGACAGCCGGUGAACCCUCUUUCCUCCGUGGGUCAAAGGAGACUGGGUACUUGGGGCCCUUGCUCACCAUCUACCACAAUAUCCCUCUCGCUCGCCAAGCGCUUCUCAUGCCUGCUCUAAGAGUACACGCCUACGCCCAUGAUAAUAGCUGGUGGUCAGGGUCCACCGAUGAAAAUACCAAGGCCUUGUCGACCGACAACAGUCUCCGCAUUGAUCGACAGGAGUGUAACCUGCUCACCGAAGUGCAGUGCCUCAUGGCUUUCCUCGACAGAACCACUCGCGCCUAUGGCAGUGUCGAUGCUUUGGCUGAUUUACAGGCUGUUCGCAAUCGGGCUGACGCCACGCCGUUCCAUUGUUUUCUCGAAGCCUGGACGUCUGCAGCGACAAGACAAGCUCCUCAAGAACAACUGACGCAGGUCUUCAGCUCCGUGGCGACGAAAGCGGGCAGUCCGGGCGACCCUCAGGUCGUGGAGAAGACUCUGAAUUGCAUCGACCCUUUUAUCAACCACUUUCCUGGCGAGACGUUGACCGACUUGCUCGACAAUACAAUCUGGAACGAUGAACAUGGAAAUAUAGAUGAUGUCUGGAUCAGCCAUUGCGCAGAGAUCUUCACCAUCCGAGUCCACGACCCUAACAGCACGUCGAGGAGCUCGGACCUGACCUUGGAUCCAAUCUGGUAUCCCGAUCGGUACAUGUACGAAUGCAGGGAGCAGAUGCAGCAGAUACGCAAAGAGCUGCAAUCGAUUCGCCGAGAGAUAGACCAAUACACUCACAUCCAACGUCGCUGUCAGAUUUACAAGUCGUCCGACAACAGACUUCUUGAUGUUGCCGAAGUCCUCAACUCUGCGGUCAAAGCUUCGUCCACGGUGCUGGGGAAGAAAUCUGUCUCGAAUGGCUUUCUCGACAGCCAGGCGUCCGGGGCAGAAGACACCGUCACCCAGGCUGAUGUGGACGAACUCGGGUCGGCAUUGCAGUCGGUGCUACAAAAGAUUCGGCACAAGCUGGAUUCUCUCGAACAACGCAAAAAUGAGCUUCGGCUCAGGAGCCGCCAGGUCACAAUGAGACUCACAAAACCGACGCUGGAAGCUCCCGACGUCCCCCAUCGCAAAUAUACUCUUCAAGGGGUCGCAACCAAGCCCGGCGUUACCUAUUUCCGCCGACAAAAUGCAAAGAUCAACUUACUGCUUGACGACGAUAUCUUAGAGCAGGACAGCCUCAGUCGUGGUUGGUGGAGAACUGCGUGGCUACAAGACGAAGCCCAGCCCGCCACCUUUCAUCCUCCAAUGAUCGGCCCGGUGACCAGAGCCCAGGCAGAGGCGACCAAGCAGUCAGAGAGGCUGCCCUACUCGAUUACACGGGUCCAGGAAGCCGACGUGCUGGAAGCGGUGAGGAAAGAAGCCAACUCGGUGCUGCUGGUAUAUGCCAACGAAAACGCGAUGAAGGUCCAAGGGGGCGAAUUGAGUAUUUCACUCCGGCACUUUGUGGACCGCGACAACCAAGCAUUUGCAGAGGAGCUGCAACACGAAGAAGGUCCACUGCCUAGCGCAGCUGCCGAUCUUGAAGCCGACACUGAAUUUGAGGAUGUUCCCUUGAUUGACCCAACUGCGUCCAGCGGUUCGGUGCAUGAGCUCACACCUAUGUCGACUUCGACCCCCGAUCUCGAGGGGGAUAGGCAACCUUCACCAAAAGGUGCUCUACAAGAAGAGAGUUCGGCCCAUUUGCAAGAACAGCCACCCUCCUACGAGGAAACUGUCGCCAAGCAGGAAAUGCUGGAGAGAAGGGGCAAUAAGAUUGGCUUAUAUGCCGAACAAAUGCUGCAAAGAUACGGGAGCGACACGACUCGGGAAAAGGGGGAAAGGGAAGAAAGUGAUUCUGGCGGCGGCUUUCUCGAGGUUGAAGAUGCCAAUGCGGUGUAG